AUGGUUUCUUCCCUUGAUAUCUAUUAUGUUUACCAUCUAUCUAUCUAUCUAUCUAUCUGUCUGUUCAGAUCUAUCUAUCUAUCUAUCUAUCUAUCUCAGUCUUUUUAUAUCUAUCUAUCUAUCUAUCUAUCUAUCUAUCUAUCUAAUUCUGUUCUUUAUCUAUCUAUCUAUCUGUUCAGAUCUAUCUAUCUUUUUUAUGCAAGCACAGUCAAGUCUAUUCAUAUCUAUCUAUUUUAUUCAAGCUCUGUCAAGUCUAUCUAUCUAUCUAUCUAUCUAUCUAUCUAUCUAUCUAUCUAUCUACAAGUUUGUUCAAUAUCUAUCUCAUUCUGUUCAUAUCUAUCUCAAUCUGUUCAUAUCUAUCUAUCUAUCUAUCUAUCUAUCUAUCUAUCUCGAGACUUUUUGUCUUACCGAGUUUACCGCGAGCUGUACAAGACAUUUUCGUUGGAUAUUCUUCGGAGUAAGUGUCAUUUUUGUUUGCCUCCCACCAUCGUCUUGUGUAUCCAUUGUUGUCUUUCUUUGUCGUCUUAUUCGUCUGAAUUGCGUGUAUUGUUGGUUGCUUGGUUCUUUCUUUCUUUCUUUCUUUCUUUCUGUCUAUCUAUCUAUCUAUCUAUCUAUCUAUCUAUCUAUCUAUCUAUUCUUUUUCGUCGUUCAUUUGCCAAAAAUCUAUCUAUCUAUCUAAAUAUCUAUCAUCUAUUUAUCAUUUGCCAAAUUUUCCCACUAAAAAAUGAUAUCUAUCUAUCUAUCUAUCUAUCUAUCUAUCUAUCUCAGUUCAUAUAUCAGUCUUUCCAUAUCUAUCUAUCUCAUUCCGUUCUUUAUCUAUCGUUCAUAUCUAUCUAUCUAUCUAUCUAUCUAUCUAUCUAUCUAUCUAUCAUAUUUUUGUCCUUUACUAUCUAUCUAUCUAUCAUAGUUUGUUCCUAUAUAUUUUCCACUAGCGUUCAUAUCUAUCUAUCUAUCUAUCUAUCUCUGAUAUAUCAACGAACAUUAUUCUUAGUCUAUUCAGAUCUAUCUAUCUAUCUAUCUAUCUAUCUAUCUAUCUAUCUAUCUAUCUAUCUAUCUAUCUUUCUUUCUUUGUUUCUAGCUAAUCCUCUUUCUUUCUCUCUCUCUCUAUCUAUCUAUCUAUCUAUCUAUCUAUCUAUCUAUCUAUCUAUCUAUCUAUCUAUUUUUCUUUGUUUCUUUUUUAACCUAUUCACAUCUAUCUCAUUCUGUUUCUUUCUAAUCCUAUUUUUCUUUCUAUCUAUCUAUCUAUCUAUCUAUCUAUCUAUCUAUCUAUCUAUCUAUCUAUGUUUCUUUUUUAACCUAUUCACUUUAUCGCAUUCUGUUUCUUUGUUUUCAUCUAUCUAUCUAUCUAUCUAUCUAUCUAUCUAUUAUCUAUCUAUUAUAUUUAUCUAUCUAUCUAGCUAG